UUAUGGUCGCAACUGUGGUGCUUCAAACAAUAAUUGCAUUGAACCUCGUGUACUAUUUACAAAUAAUUGCUAGUUGGGGUUGACCACCUCCUCUUUAACCAGAUAUAAUUACAAGAAAAUGAGUAAUAAUAAACUCACAUGCAAUCUAGACACCAUUGUGCUUCAUAUAUAACUCAAGGAAAGAGGAAUUUUGUUCAACACUGGUCCAAGCAGAAGAGACCUGACAUCAACAUAUUUAAAUUAAACAUCAGACAUCUUAAUGACACAUUACAGCCUAAGCAAAUAAAAAGAUGAAAAAGAAGGUGAAAAAAGGGAUGAAAAAGAAAGUUACUAAAAUAUUAGCUCUCAAUAAGCUGUGUGUACCACUUCUUACUACUUUGCAAUUGAGAAUCAAGUCUCAGUUCGAACAGACUUUGUUCAGUCAUGCACCAAACUUUUCCAUGGCAUUCAUCAUUCACAGUUGCUUGAAACAAUUGCAACUACUGUGUGAUAUUUGUCACUCCUGGGAAGAAAUGCAGUGAUAUAUGCAUAUGGCAGAAUCUGCAAAUGCACUCACCAUGGUUUGUUAUCUAGUCGAGCAAACAGCAUGCCAUAUGCAUUAUGAAAGAAGUAAUCGAGGAUGUCUGCAUCAAUGCAUCGCCCCAUAGAUUUUCCAGGAACAUAAAAUUGUUGCAAAAUGACUAAAAGAAGGGAAGAAACAACACCUUCAAAGCACUUGGGGCAACUGGCAGUUUCAUACCCUUCUCAACCCACUGCCUUUCUUCUGCGCACCCUGCCCUCCUGCCUGAUUCCCAAUCCACGCCUUUCUUCUGCGCGCACUUGGGGCAACUGGCUGCUGGUUUUGUGUGGAAUAGCAGGCCAAUCAACCUGCCAGCGCGGUGGAAUUCAACAACGAUGAAGCCAGCGGGAGAAAAUCAACAAGAGGCUGUUAGAGCUUGUUAGUGUGCAACCCACGUGGUUUGUCACAUGAGCUCUUUUAAGUCUGAACUGUGUCGUAUUUGUUGAUAGAGUUUGCUGUCCAGUAGAAGUACUUCUGGGCUGCUGAUUAGUCGUUGCUGCAUUCUAGGACUAGUGGGUUAGUGAUUUAGAUUAGUGGCCGGAUUUGGUACAAGUUGUUGGGUCAUUGAUUGUACUUAAGACCUUUUUUCAUUCCAAUAAAACAUGAUGAAGUUUGAUCGACAUUUUCAGUUUACAUUGUGGUAUCAGAGCCUCUACAAAACCUAAAGAGAUUUCUGUCUUCGGUGGCGGUGGUCGCAUGUGGCCACCGCCCGCCUAUGUGUGUGAGAAGGAAAAGAGAGAAAUAAGUGAUGCUAGCGGUGGUAAAACGUAUCGGCUCGCAGCUCAAGCAGAGAGCGAGAGAAUAAAGUACAAGGCCAGGUAGACUUGUACGAGGAUGAAGGAUUGAGUUUCAGAGAAAGUGAGUUUGAACGAGAAUGAGGUAGAGAAAUGGAGAGAAGUCCAUAGAGAAGGUGAAGACAAUCGAUCGGUCAUGAGCGUUGCCGUUGAUGACGACUCUGCCUCCGAAUUCACGAUUCUGCAGUCAGAGCCCGGACAUGGAGGAAUCAGAUUCUUGAUUGGGCGGAGAUUCUCAUGGGAUGAUUAUUAUGACGAAGGGAGUGCUUCCGCCAGUGACAGAAAGAAGACGAAGAUGAGAACUGACGUGACGCGAGCGAUCAAGAACCACAAUCGCAGUCGGAGUCUGAGUCCCAUUCGCUGCCAUCGUCUAUGUCGGAGGACGGAGAUUUUUGGGGAGCCAGUGGAGCCUAAGUUCGAUCUUAUGAGAUGGAUGUUGCAGUGACACUACGGAUAAGAACAUUGAGGUUGUGACCGCCAGUAGUUCUGAAGACACCCGUGACAAAGGGAGGUAAAGGGAAAGGAGCAAGGUGGAGUCAGUGUUUGCUUGGAGGGCUUUUUAACAAAGGAUUGAAGCCUGAUUUGGGUGGAGAUUGAGUCGGGAGAAGAUGAGUUCAAGCUCACCGAAGCUUUGGUCUAACAAGGGAAGCUGCUAGUCCACAUAGCAGAGACUGUUAUCGAUUUGAGCUCGAUUGCGAUCAAACCACCCCAGUUGAAGCAGUUAUACGGUUGAAAUCCGUGGAAGCUAUACUUUGUGGUCUUAGUCGGGCGAGGUGCAAAAGGCUCACUUUGAAGGAAGAAGGUUUGGGAGGAGAGAAUUGGAAGGGCUAAUUGAUGGCAUGAACUAAUGAAUGAUUGGAGGAAGAUGGAUUUGGUGAAGUCAGAAUUGCAACAUCUGACAAGUCUGUGAGGUAACUUUUGUUCUUAUGUUUCUGUUUUUCAAAGAGCAUGACUAGGGAAAUGGAAAUGAAGAUGGUGGAGUUGCAGAACUGUAAGAUUGAGCUGAUGCAGUGAACUGAAGUUUGUUUGAGUAGGCCUCAGUUCAGGGGAGGAAAUUGCUCUUUCUGUGCAUGGUCAGCAACUCAAGAGCAGUUAUCCUGGAUAUGAUAGCUUUGUGAUUACAGGAGAGAGAGCUAAACUAAGCCAUGGAUGGAAAGUAGUGGCGCGUUGAAUUCGACAGCACAUCAACGAAGGAAGCAAUGAGAUAAUGGGCAGCAGCUUGUGGUUGCAGGAUGGGUAGUGUAUAUUCUUUUAUGCUGCUAUGAAAGUUGUGAGUGGGAUUGUAGCAUUGGUUCAAUUGGAGGCUUUCAAAGAAGUAUAUGAUGAGGAAUGAUGAUUGGAUUAAGUGAAUCCAUGGUUGUGCAGGCUGUUUGGGGAAUUGUUUAAGGAAAUGUCAGCUAGACAUACCUACAAGUGCAGUAGGUGGUAUAACCUGUGAGUGAAGCAGGUUGGGUGUAAGUGUAAGCUAGACGUACCUACGAGUGAAGUAGGUGGUGUAACCUGUGAGUGAAGCAGGUUUGUGACUCACUUCUACUGUCACCCUAGGAAUUGGCCAAGUGAAACCACUUCCUAAAGCGUAGUAUAGCGGGUUGGGUUUAUAUGUCAACCCGGGUCCUAGAUCUGAUGACUACUCAGUGAAUUCUUGUUAUCUAGCAAUGAAACUGGAAUGCAAAUCUAAACUAACAAACUAACAAAGCAAGUAAACUGUUGUAUUCAGGUUAAGAGAGGUCACCCGGAUAUGGUUCCCCCUAGACUGCAGUUAAGCCGGAUUGUAAUUACCAAGUUCAGUUUCUAUGAUAGUUAUACUGCGGAAGGUUCUUAAACAGCCUGAAGUCUCGACUAAAGGUCUUCAGACCCUCUCAAUCUGAGUCUCUAGCGGGCGACUAACCUCCACCGGAGUAAACAGAUUGAGGCCUUAACAAACAAAACCUCCACUACCGGAGUAAAUCCGGUACAGAAUAGUGAGUUGGCUCCUCGACUAAAGUCACCAACUCCCUAUCUUCAAUCAAGGAUGCUCUAUCAACCUAGGCAGAUAUUCUCAUUCUAGGUUAAAGCAGAAACAACAGGAAUUUGAUCAGGAUUCAAGUCAUUCAAUCAUUCAACCCUCAAUCGAAUAUAAUCAAAUCAUAGAAUCAGU